GUCACAACCCAUCCCUAUAUCUCAACACACCCAACCAUAACUCCUUACAGGCAAACGGCAAGAAGGAAAUUCAAUGUUAAAGAGCAGAACAUUGGUGGAAAACUUUGCUAUAUGUGCUAUAUGCCAAAUAACAAAAGGGUGUGCUAUGGGAAUCGACCAAAAUGUGUCAUCACCUACUUUGUUUACAGGAAGUGAUUAUGAGUAUAUAAACUCGAACAUAGACGCAGUAAUCCUGACCACUUAGAGCUCGUUUCUCAAUCCAACACUAUCACAAGAACCAUCAUGGCAUGCAUUUUUGGAGACAUUACAAAGAUCGACACGACUGGGGCAUCGGAAAAGACAGCCAGUUACGAUGGCCUCGGUGUAAAAGGUGUGGAAGCAUCAUACAAAAUGGCUGAGACUGAUCUAAAGAGGGUAGACAAGUACAAGACCAUCAUCCUGAAUGUCGGAAGAGCUAAGCAGAUGGACCCAGCUGUGAUCGCAGCCAUCAUAUCCAGAGAGACGAGGGGUGGAUUAUAUCUUACCAAGGAUGGCUUUCAGAAAAAUGGCAAAGGCUUUGGAAUAAUGCAGGUUGACACGGGCUUCCACACUAAAAGGGGAGCCUGGGAUAGUGAAGAGCACGUCACCCAAGGCACAGAGAUCCUAAUCGGCUUCAUUAAAAGAAUUCAGGAAAAAUUCCCUACCUGGCCCAAGGACCACCAAUUUAAAGGAGGAAUCUCAGCCUACAAUAGAGGUCCAGGAAACGUCCGUACCUAUGAGCGCAUGGAUGUCGGCACCUCAGGAGGUGAUUAUGCCAAUGAUGUGGUGGCCCGGGCUCAGUGGUUUAAACGCAAUGGCUACUAAGCAGUAUUUGUAUUCCCAUCAAGCACUGCCUACCUGGCACUUUUUUCACUGUAUAUGUCUAUGUGCUGUAUUUUUUAAACUAUACUUAUAAAGUAACAGGGCUACACAGCAACCUUUGCGUCUUUUGCAACUUAAACACUUGUGCUGAGUGAACUGAUGAUUUGGCAAUAAGUUGGGAACAACUGGUAUUAGGAUAGUGUCAAAAAUCUGUAUUUGUGUAUGUUUAGAUGAUUUCUGAUGGAAAUUCAACUAAGAACUUUCACAAAUAGCAAUACAUAACACCUUAUGCUUUGA